UGCGCGGUGCGGCGCCAGGAAGCUGAACGGGGGCGAACACAGCCUGAGCAGUAACGAGUGCGGCUUUCAGGUCCCGGAUCAGAACUGCCAGGCUCAGCGGACGGAUGAGGAGCGGCCCAAGGUAUUAGAAGAGGAGGAGUUUCAGACAGGAACAUCACAAUCUGACUGAGUCAUCACACAAGUCAUCUGGGCCUGCAUCUUCUGUCUUUGAACAUGGAAGCAAAAAGCGCCAUUCACAGCGGAGAGAAACCAUACACAUGUACCAUCUGCGGUCGAUGCUUCUGCCGAUCAUCUGGCUUGUCGAGACACAAGCACAGUCACACCAGUGAGAAACCAUGCAAGUGUGGGGACUGUGGGAAGGGAUUCAGUUACCCAUUUGAACUGGAAAUUCAUCAGCGCAUGCACACUGGGGAGAGACUGUUCACAUGUUCCAUGUGUGGUAAGGGAUGCACUCAUUUCUCUGCCCUGCGCAAGCACUGGCGAGUUCACACUGACAAGAGACCUUUUAAAUGUUCAGACUGUGGGAAGUGCUAUAAAAGUUCCUGGGAAUUGACAUGCCACCAACGCGUUCACACUGACGAAAGACCGUUCAGGUGCUCCCACUGCGGGAUUGGAUUCAGGCGAUCGUCAGACCUCACUGUGCAUCAGCGUAGUCAUACUGGGGAGAAGCCAUUCAUCUGCCCCGCAUGUGGGAAGGGAUUCACCCAGUCAUCCCAGCUCAGUACACAUCAACUUGUUCACACUGAUAAGAGACCUUUUAAAUGUUCCGAUUGUGAGAAGAGUUUUAAAAGCAAAAAACAUCUGGUGACCCACCAGCGAGUUCACACUGGGGAAAGGCCGUUCACUUGUUCUGUGUGUGGGAAGGGAUUUGGCCGGUCAUCCUACCUGCUGAAACACCAACUGGUUCACACUGGGGAGAGGCCAUUCACCUGCUCAGAGUGUGGGAAGGGAUUUGCUUGUUCGUCCUAUCUGCUGAAACACCAACGGGUUCACAGUGGGGAGAAGCCGUUCACCUGCUCUGUGUGUGGGAAGAGAUUCACUUGUUCAUCCAACCUACUGAAACAUCAACGAGUUCACACUGGCGAGAGGCCGUUCACCUGCUCCACUUGUGGGAAAGGAUUCACGGUGUCAUCCAACCUGUUGAAACACCAGCGAGUUCACAAGUGACUGCAAACUUUGGAUUCUGCCAUUUUUUGCUGCUAUUCGUGACAUCAGGAUUGAACCAUGUUCGUUAUGACAAUUGCGCUUUGUUUUUGUUGAUGUUAAUAAUCCCAGUGAGGGACUUGAGUUUAAGAUUCUGGAUAAAUGUGAAAUAAAUCAGCUUUGUUUUGAA